AUGGCACCCAGUAAUUUGAGACAUUCAAGUGCAAAUCUAAGCAUAGUAAGAUCUACAGAGUCAAAUGCUUUGGAUAUGUGGGCAUGCAUUUAUAAAAAGUUGACUGUAUUACCAACCCAAAAACGUAAAUUAUCAUACAUGAACGACUAUUUGGCUUUUCCAACUUCAAUGACAUUAAACUCUUUGCCUGAUGAAGAACAACAUAACCACUCGGAGUUGCUUCGUCAUCUCACUUCAGAGUUUAGUAGGCCUUCUACAGGCUGGAAUUUUUCCUAUCUUAAAGGACGUAUGGAAGAACAAUUAAAUUUAUUGCCUUGGAACUAUGAAGCGACCGUAAGAGCUUUGUUACCAAAUUCUAAAGGUCUAUUGGACAUGGGUACAGGCAGUGGUGAGUUUCUUGCAUCACUAAAUCCGCUGCCACCAGAUACUUGCGCGACAGAAGGUUGGGCUCCCAACAUUGCUAUCGCAAGACAACGGCUAAAACCUUUUGGAGUAACUGUUACAGCUAUUACUGAUAAUGACGUACGACUUCCUCUUAAUGAUUCUCGAUUUGAUCUUAUAAUUAACCGUCACGAACCUUAUAUUGUUUAUGAAGUUCACCGUCUUCUUAAGCGAGGAGGUUUAUUUGUUACACAACAAGUUGGUGAAAAAGAUAAUAUUGAAUUAAACAAACUUUUAGGAGCUCCUGAACAUCUUGGAUAUAGAGAAUGGCAUGUAGAGCAAGCUUGUAGUGAAUUAAAAACUGCAGGUUUUACUAUCUUAGAAAAACAGGAAGCUUUUAUAGAGACGAAAUUUUAUGAUGUAGGGGCUAUUGUUUAUUAUUUGAAAGCAAUUCCAUGGCAAGUUGAAGACUUUACAGUGGAAAAAUAUUCAAAACAACUUGUAAAUCUCCAUCAUAAAAUUCAAGAAGAAGGAUUUCUUUCGGUUCAAAGUCAUCGAUUUUUUAUUAUGGCUCAAAAAGAGAAAUAA